CAUGCUAGCUCCACACUCUCGCCGAGGCGAAGCGAGGCAGCGCGAGCACGAGAGUGUAGUCGGUUCACUCGUGUCGUCUUGUCUCGCCUCGCCUCGCCUCGUACGCGCUCCGUUCGGUGUCGGUAUUUUGGUCACGAGUCAAAGGACACGCGGCACGAGGCGAGGAGCACCAACUACACUCUCGAAUAGUCUCGCGCGCGCGCCUUGCAACCACGUGCUUUUCAUAACCGUGCUUGCAACUUGUCAGCUAGUCAGUGUAACUAACUAUUAUUUUUUUUGGAUAUUUGAAUAAUAUUUUAUUUUAAAAAUGUGCGACUGGACAAACGAACUAUCAAUAAAAUUUAUGGAGAAUUAUCAAUCUCAACCCGUUUUAUGGGACCCAAAGCUCCGGGGUCAUAAAGAUAAGGCAAAAACAAAUGAUGCCUGGACCAAAAUCAGUAAAGAGUUAAAUAAUAUACCGAUUGAAGAGCUGAAGAAUAAAAAAAAUUCAAUAAUGGCAACAUUUCGCGGACAUUUAAGAAAAAAAAAGGCGUCCAUUAGAUCAGGAGCUGGACAAAAUGAGGUUUAUCAGCCAAUAUGGUUUUUAUUCAACCAGAUCGAGAGUUUUUUAGGGAAUAUUAAUGAUUGUAACGCUACGAUUAAUACUGAACAGGAGUAUAAUUCAGGAAUUAUCCGUGAGAUUGGAGAAAAUGAAAAUAGUAAUGGUAAUGAAACAACCUUAUCAAACACCCUCAAUCAUGAAAACCUAAUAGAAAAGCAAACCAUAAGAGAAAACCAAACCUCGUCCAAACCUCGACGACGAGGUACUUCUAUCGAGUUAGAUGAAGCUGGAAAACAGAUGAAACGGGCAUUUAGUACAUUAGAAAAUUGUAUCAAUAAUAGAAAAGAGGAGGACGAGUACGAUUAUUAUGCAAAGAUACUAGCAAAAAAAAUACGUAAGCUACCAGAAAACGAACGUGAAGUAUUCAUGUAUGAAGUUGAUGGACUGUAUAUUGAUUUCUUACGUCGUUCAAACAAUCAAUCAUCAACUUCACGCUCCACAACACCAAUAUUUGGAAAAAAUAUUCAAAGCCGACCACCACCUUCAUGCACCUCAACACCAAUACUUGGAACAAGUAUUCAAAGCCGACCACCAUCUUCACUUGCUUCUUAUUCUGAACCUGAAAUUAUAAUUUCAAGUUAUCCGCAAAGUGCUGAGUACUCUAUUUCCAAUCCUUCUUCACCUGCAGUAGUACAGCAUAGAACAUAUUCCAAUCCUUCUUCACCUGCAGUAAUACAGCAUAAAACAUAUUCUAAUCCUCAGUACUCUAAUCCUCUCUAUUCAGAACAACUGUCCAGCCCUAGUCAUGUAACUGAUAUAAAUCUACCAACUAACUCAAACAUAAUAAGUCAAGCAUUUUACAUUGCUCAUGAAGAUGAAGAAUAUUGAUUUAUUAAAAUGUUAUUUGUUUUUUUAAAAGAUACAAGUUAUUUCGU